AUGGACGAUCCAAACUAUAGAAAAGCCAUCAAGUACUUUGAGAAGGCUGCAGAACAAAAUCAUACAAAGGCCAUGUUGGAAUUGGGCUCUAUUUAUGAGGAAGGAAAAUACAGAGUACAAACAAACCUUGAGAAAGCCUUGCAAUAUUACGAACGAGCUGCUGCUCAACUCAAUGAUGAAGAGGCUCUGUAUUAUAUGGGAAGAUUGUACGAAAAAGGACGCCAUGUUCCUCAGGACUUUGGUAAGGCCAUAAAGUAUUUUGAACUCUCAGCUCAGCAACAUCAUUACAAAGCACUUUACAAGUUAGGGAUAAUAUAUAGAGAUGGCAACUUUGGAAGCGUUGUUUCACAAAAUCUCAACAAGGCAAUAUAUUAUUUUGAAUUGUAUCACUAUCCGUUUGUUAAUGAUCCAAUGAUCAAGGAAUUGAGAGUGGCUCGCUUCUUUCAGGAAUUUCAUCGAAGAGCUUUGCAAACAGACGAAAAUGGUCGGAAAACAUUCUGUGAUACGACUAUUGUGUGCGCAAUGGAUUCAUUGCUUCGUUGA